AUGAUGGACGCUUUAACACAAAUAAUGUUUGGUGGAUUAUUGCGAGGAGUAAUGCUGGUUUACUUGGGAUAUUUCAAUGGUAUCGUGAAGAAGUGUUACCGAAGGAGACUGAUCGAGGAAGGGGUAGAAGAGGCGAAGAUGGCAGCACCUCCGAGGAGGACGUUCAUGA